AGAAGAAACAGUAGGAAGCGUUUCGCUUCUUGGGUUUAAUGGUACCUACUUUGGGAAGAUUACCGGUAAAAGUCAUUACAUCUCUUCUUACGAACUUUCUCCGCUCACAAGCACUCAAAAGAUUAUCGUGUGUCGGCCCAGAACUGUGUGGAGCUGAUCCAGUUGAUGUGAUGUGCAGUCCAGGAUCGGGCGGGCCUGGAGAGGACGCCUCUGUAGAGUUUGUUUACUGCAGAGGUGCAAUAACAGAGCUGCUUAAAUAUGGACCAACAGACCUGCAUGCUGCCAGCAAAGGCCCCAACCCUCCCAAAAUGCUAAUCCUUGUCAUUCCAGGUAACCCAGGUGUGGUGGGAUUCUACAAAACAUACAUGUGGACUCUGUAUCAGACGUUCAUCCGGAGAUAUCCUGUGUGGGCUGUGAGUCAUGCAGGACACUGUAUGCCUCCAGAAACCUAUGAUAUGAUUGAAGAUGCAUCUGUGACUGAGAAGGAGGAUGUUUUUGGCCUAGACGGGCAGAUUGAACACAAGCUGGCGUUCCUUCGAAAGCAUGUGCCUCGGGACACCAACCUGCUGCUGAUCGGUCACUCCAUCGGUUGCUACAUCAUCUUGGAGAUGAUGAAGAGAGACCCAGAGCUCAAGGUUGUGAAGGCGGUGAUGCUCUUCCCCACGAUUGAGCGCAUGGCCUGUACCCCUCAAGGCAAGGUCAUGACCCCUGUGCUCUGCCGGCUGCGGUACGCCUUUUAUUUGCCCAUCUUUCUGCUCUCCCUCCUUCCAGAGAGGCUGAAGGUCGGCAUGGUGCGUCUGGCUCUAAGGAAUUUAUAUGCAUCGGACACCUCUAUCAUCCCAGCCACCAUCAGCCUGAUCAAUGUAGACUGUGCUGCCAACGGUAUGUACAUGGGAGGCCAAGAAAUGAGACUGGUCGUAGAAAGAGACAACGCAACCAUACGUCAACACCUCAGCAAGCUUAUUUUUUACUACGGAGCCACGGAUCACUGGUGCCCUGUGCAGUAUUACCAUGAUAUCAGAAAAGACUUCCCUGAAGGGGACAUUCGUCUGUGCGAGAGGGGUUUCCGGCAUGCGUUCGUCUUGGAUGCGGGGGAAGAAAUGGGUAACAUGACGGCAGAGUGGAUCUUUAAUGACUUGAGGACGCUCUGAUUACCAGAGUAACAUUUUAUUUCACUUAAUGUCUGUCAGCCAAAUAUUCCAACUGAGCCCCUGUGUGAGUUUUUUUAAUGUGACCAAUAGGCCUAUUUUAAGACGUAUAUACCAAUUUCCAUGGAAAAGCAUCAAGCGUGUCACAAAACACUUGACACUCACAAUGGUGCUGUAUGACUGAUGUAUUCCAUGCAUAAACUUGAUUGUAAAAUAUCUGAUAUUUGAAUUCUCAAAUAUGUGUAAGUAAAUGUAUUUUGUCCUUCAGCUAUGCAUCGGGUAAUUUCAAGAGUCUCUAAUUUCUUGGUCUGCUGUCAAGUGGACAUUGCAGUUGUCUAUUUGUGUUGUUGUCUAUUUAUGUAUGAUUUCUAAACACACAAAUGUGCAGUGGGGUGCACUGUACAUGUAAACUUGACUGAACCAGAAAGGUCACAUAAGAAUAAAAUUCGUAUAUAUGGUGACGGCCUGGAAAGAAGAUAUUGUCCUCUUAAUGGGAAAUGUAUUUUUAUAAGUUUUUAAUUAAUUUAAUAUUAUCAGUCAGUAACAUCAGAAUUUUAACACAUUUUAACAGGAACAAAAACUGUAUUCUGUCCAUAGAAGUUCAUGUUGUUAAUAAAAACAUUUGCAGUUAAAUCAAUAAAAAAACUGGCCAAGAGA